AUGCAAAUUCUUCUCUUUUUACCGUUGCUAGAAACGCUGGUCCAUGGAUACGGCAAUAACCCCAGCUUAGACAAAGUCUGUACUACAAAAAGAUGCUAUCAGUGUAGAGGAGUUGUCCAAAAUAUUCCUUCGGGGAAAACUGAAAAAACGAAUGGACUUUUUCAAUUUUGCAGGACGUUGCUUUCAAUCAACGAAUGUUGUCCAGGGACGGGGUUCAUUGAAUCACGAUAA